UGCCCUCAGAAUUCAAGCAUUAUAUUCUCCUUAAUUAAGUGGAUUUUUUUGUACAUUUCAGAGCUGGCAGAAGAUGAUGAAGAUUGGAAUCCAUGGGGGGAAGAGUUUGAAAAUGAACAACUAGUCAUAUCACACCAUGAACCACCGAAAAUACUCUGGAACCUUGAACCUAAAAACACAGUCUCCAACAAGGGCAAUAACACCACAAACAGAAUUUUCAAUGUUGAAGUGUGGGGCAAAGCUGCCAUUGGACUUUAUUUAUGGGAGCACAUUCUGGAAGCAUCACUUGAGGAAAGAAUGGGUGGAGUGUGGAGUUAUGGUGCCAAAACUGUUAAUAAUAUUACAUUUACAUUCCGAACUGGUCCAGGUGUGAUACCGGAACAAGUGCCAAAAGAUACUGAGAACCUCUUGCUCAUUCUGAAUGGACGGGAACCAGACAAGGUUCAGUUUGCUGAAACCUGGCUCAAAUCUCUUCAUAAUCUGUCUCAGCUUAGGAACGUUGGUCUUGUGUUGCUAGGCAAUGAGCAGUGCAAUAAUUCCUGGCUACAUAACUACAUGCACUAUAAUGGUGGUCUGGUGAAAUUUGUGUUCCUGGUAUAUGAUAGUCCAGAAAUAGACAAUGUUAACUUCUACCAGUGGCCAUUAGGAGUUGCCACGUAUAGAAACUUUCCAACUGUCGACAGCUCGAAACUUCCUGUACAUAUACAUAGACAAUAUUCCUGUAACUUUCUAGGGACCAUUUAUAAGAAUUCUUCACGAGAAACUUUAAUGAAAAUUUUAGAAGGUGAUUUCUUCAGAGAAAAAUGUUUCAUCAAAGCUAGAAAACAAUGGCUGCCCCUGGAGACAGACAGCACAAGGGAGCAGUUUAUACAGGCAUUAUCUCAGAGUGAUCUCACACUUAACCCAGUCGGUGUCAACACUGAAUGUUACCGGAUCUACGAGGCCAUAACGUUCGGUUCUGUUCCGGUGGUAGAGGACAUCAUGACACCAGGACAUUGUGGGAGAUCAAAGUCAUCUAGUUCCUUUCCUUUACGUCUGCUCAAAGAAAUGGAUGCACCUCUCAUGUACAUUAAAGAUUGGUCAGAAUUGAGUAAAAUCAUAGAAAAUGAGAAAAAACUCAGACAUAGUGAAAUUGUGAAAAGACGACGAAAUUUGUUACUAUGGUAUGAAAGUUUUAAAUCAAAGAUGCGACAAAAACUCAUCCAUGUGAUAAAUAAACAUUUUUUUGGCCUAAAUAGAUAACAUUUCAUAGGAAACAUUAUUUACAUAUAUCAAGAGUUUAUUACAGAAGUGUUUUAACUUCUGUUUUUACUUUUUAUUAAGUUAUGAAAACUUUUGGUUGAACCCUUAGUUUUGUUUGUCUUUUAUGAAUAAGGAAUAUAUUUCAUUGAGUUUGUUUUUUGUGUCACCUCUACGGAGUAGUGGCGACAUAUAGGGAUCACUUCUCCGUCGUCUGUCUGUCCGUCUGUCUGUCUGUCUGUCCGUCCGUCCGUCACAAAACUUGUCCGGACUACUCCUCAUAAACUACUGGUGCAAUUUCAUCCAAACUUUACAGGAAUGAUCAGUACCAAGUCUAGUUGUGCAUAUUGUCAGGAUUUACCGGUUCAAUGAUUUUUGUCAGAGUUAUGGCCCUUUAAUAAUUUUUAAUUUUAAAAGUUUGUCCGGACUACUUCUCUUAUGCCACUAAUGCAAUUUCAAUGAAACUUUACAGGAUUGAUCUGUAGCUCAAGUCCUUGCGCAUAUUGCACGGGUUUUCCGGUUGAAUGAUUUUUUGCCGAGUUAUGGCCCUUUGAUAAAAAGGUUUCUUUUUCUGUGUGUUGCCAGAUACACAAAAGCUUGUCCAGACUACUCCUCAUAAACUACUGGUGCAAUUUCAUCCAAACUUUACAGGAAUGAUCAGUACAAAGUCUAGUUGUGCAUAUUGUCAGCAUUUUCCGGUUCAAUGAUUUUUGUUUGACUUAUGGCCCUUUAAUAAUUUUUAUUUUUAAAGUUUGUCCAGACUACUUCUCUUAUACCACUUAUGCAAUUUCAAUGAAACUUUACAGGAUUGAUCUGUAGCUCAAGUCCUUGCGCAUAUUGCACGGGUUUUCCGGUUGAAUGAUUUUUGGCCGAGUUAUGGUCCUUUGAUAAAAAGGUGUUUUUUUCUGUGUGUUGCCAGAUACGCAAAAGCUUGUCCGGACUACUCCUCAUAAACUACUAGUGCAAUUUUAUCCAACUUUACAGGAAUGAUCAGUACAAAGUGGUUAGUCUAGUUGUGCACUGUCCGUCUGUCUGUCCGUCUGUCACAAAAUUUGUCCCAACAUGAAAUUGGCCAUCAUGAGGCGACACAUGUGAUUACUGAUCGCUCUUGUGUUUGUUUGUUGCCAUGCCAGGUGGCAACUUUCUAGCUUAACUGGUUGCUGGUUUACUUGAUAAUCUCAGGUGCCCCUUUGUGUAUUAUUCAGGUAGGAAUAGGCACCUGAGUAGAAGCUAGCUGGAUAGCUUCCUUACAUAAAUGAAUCCAAAGUCCUUGAAGGGAUUUGAACCAACAGCUGUGAGUGGCAAUUGAUAUGAAUUUGACAGCAUUAAUAUUUCACCGAGUAAUAUCAUCAAUAUGAUAUGUGAUAAUAUUAAAAAUACCUUGAAGUUUGAGUGGAAUAUUCAAUGAUUUAUCAUUUCAACUGUGAAGUAAAAUAUUUACCACAUACAAUGAAAAUUUUCUCUGUAUUUAAAUUUAUCUGUUUAUGAAAUAAAGUCAUAAUUAAGAGAUGCUGUGUGGGUGAUACAAAUCAAUCUUGGUGAUGAAAAUAAUAAUGCAAUAAAUUUUGCUUGUUUUCUCAUUAUUAAAACGUAAUCUUCAUAUUGUUUUAAAUCUUGAAUUUGUUUGUAUUAAGCUGUGUUUGUAGAUUAUUUAAAUGAUUUAAGUAAUAUGAGAAAGUAAUAUUUGGAUGUCAGUCUCAGUUUAGCUCUUUAUUGUAUCAGAUAUAACUAUGAUUAUAAAUUAUCAUUUUACAAAAUAUUUUUAUUGUUAUUUAUCCUAUUUUAAGAGUUAUUUACUCCAGAUUUUUCAUAUUAUGUGUUCAAGUUUAUUUUUCAGAAUAAUGAUUUUGCCAUGCAAGCAUAUACAUGUAGACGCUAUUAUCAGAUUGAGAAAAUUUCACAAACAAUUAACAUGUUAAGAUUUUUAAAUACGAAAAGUUUAGAUUUAAAUUAUUUAAUAUUUUUAGUUACAAGUUAUCUGAAUUUGUCAAUUCUUAAAUAAUGAAGGAAGUAAUGAGUUGAGCAUAGGAUAAGGAAGGACUAAAAUAACUAAAUGUAUGUUUAGUAAAACAGAUAUUUGUAUAUUGACUGCAGGGAGUAAGGGAGUUUUUUUUCAUUAGUUUAUUAUGAAAUAUUUAGUGAUACUUUUGCAGAUGACCAAUAUUUUUAAGUUUUUUAUGCAUGAAUUAUAUAGAUUGUGUAAAGUUUGUUUUUAUUUCUUUACGAUUAAGCCAUUAAGUAAAUUGGUUAGUAUAGUUUUAUAGGCCUUAUAAAUGACCUAAUGCAUAACUGUGAUUUAUGUUUAAAUAUUAUCUUUAAAUAUUAUCUUUAAGCCUUCUAUUGGCAACUGAAUGUAACCAGUACAGACCAAGUUCAGCCAAGCACUGGUCUGAUCAUUGUCAGCAUUGAUUGCUGUUCAGUCAGUUCUUAUAUUGAAAUUUUCCCUAAAUAUAAUGAAUGGUUUUGCCCAGAUUGAAAGAUGGACAAGUCCAUUUAAGAUAUUUAGCGGUGUAAAAGUUAAUGGAAGUUGCACACUGGUUUUUACAAUAUUUUUGAUGGUAUUUUUCUUUACCUGACAAAAUCUUUUUUGAAAUAGCUUAGUUAACUAAAUAAAGUAAUUGAUUUGAUAUAGACAAAAAUAUUUUUUGGUUUUGGUCACCCACAAGUACUAAGUCUUGCUUGGAAUAAUAAAUAAGUACAGUGUUUAAGUUGCACAAUGUGUUAAAUACACAUUUACAAUGAAUAGUGUUUUCUCUUUGUAGUUGUACACAUCGUCAGUGAGCUGAUACAGGUGUAUUUUAGUAAUAGCAACCAUAUAAUAGUUUUGUGCUAGUCCAUUGUUAUAAAAGCUAUGUUUGAAUUUGUCAGAAUCUUUGCUUGCUAUACUUUUUAAGCUUUUAAGCAUCCAUUGUGUAUAUCUAAGUUUUUUUUUGGUGAAGGGGAGAGUGUUUACAAAAUAGGCUUACAUAAAAAUAUGAACCAUGUGCUUUUUGAUAGUUUAAUUUUAUCUUGUAUAUUUGUACGAUUAUUGUUUAAAUUACGUUUUAAGUUUAUUGUGAGUUAGAUAUUAGCCAAGAAAAUUCGAAGUAGGUCUUCCAUUACAUUAGUGCUAUUUUUAUAAAGGAGCCUUAUUUCAAUUAUUUGGAUGUAUUAUGUUUUUGUAAAGGAAAGAGUGGACCAAUGAGCGUAUAACUACUGCAGGAACUAGAAAAAUUAUGUUACGAUAAAGGUGACUGUAUUUGAAAACACAUUCAUUUGUUAUUAAAACACAUGCUAAAAGUGGCAUUGUUCCAGGUAUUCUCCAUAUUCACUUGACAGAUGACCUAAUUUUUGUUGAGCCCAAUUGAGUUGCUUAGUCAUCACAAUGGCAGCUUAGUGUAAGUGUUUGUGUGUCCAUCAGGAUUGUACAGACUGUGACUUUGCCAUACAUUUAUGGAUGCACAAAAUUCAACAUCAGUUGUAAAGAAUGUCAAGCGUACCAAAUUGUAACUGUUAGGUCAAGGUCAUACUUAUGGGUCAGAUUUGAAAAAUGAGUGUAUUUUUGCUUGUUAGACAUAUGAGCCGCGUCAUGACAAAACCAACAUAGUGCGUUUGCGACCAGCAUGGAUCAAGACCAGUCUGCGCAUCCGCGCAGUCUGAUCAAGAUCCAUGCUGUUCACUAUCAUUGCUCUACUUGCUAUAGGGUUUGUAAGCGAACAGCAUGGAUCCUGAUUAGACUGUGCGGAUGCGCAGGCUGGUCUGGAUGCAUGCUGGUCGCCAACGCACUAUGUUGGUUUUGUCAUGACGCGGCUCAUAUGUUCAUGGAAUCUCAAAUAAAUUGGUAGAAAUGUCAACAAAUGUGAGUAAAUGUGUUGCCUGUUAAAACUAGAAUAAUUGUUGCUUAAAGGUCAAGGUCGUUCUCAUUAAUGAUUUGGUAAUUGCCAGUUUAACAGAAAAAUGGGUGAUGAAUUAAACAAUGAACAAACACAGAUAUGAUAUAUUUUGUGAGUCAAGUCAAUCAGAUGGCUGGUUUACCAAACUUUCAGUAUCUUGGGUGUUUUUUCCCCACAUUUUUAGUAUGUUUAAUUAACAUGAGAUAAAACUUGUUCUGACAGUGUUUGAUAAAUGCUGUAUAUUCAUAUAACAGAAAUGUAAUAGAUAUUCAUAUAACAGAAAUGUAAUAGAUAUUCAAAUAGAAAUAAAUAUAAUAGAUAUUCAUAUAGAACAGAAAUGUAAUAACAUGGGGUAUAGAAGACAAUCAUUUUUAUAUUGUUUGUCAAAAUAUAGAUAUGUUGAAGACGCCAAAAAUAUUACAAUGAAAUAGAACCUCUUAUAUUUCUAGUACAUUUAGCAGCAUUCAUUUACCAAGGCUAUAUAAGGUGCUUGUUUUAACAUUUUCAUUAUCACAAACAAAUUUGUAUAGCUUUUUAUAUAACUUCUCCAAAUCCUGAUUCUUUUAAUCAUUAUUUUAAUCGGUAUAGGCAGUUUUGAUAUUUU